CCUCGCUCUCUCCACAUUCGAUCUCGACUUCGUCGUAAUCCUCGAUUGGCUAGAUCCUCAACUAGUCGAGAACGAGCAUUUCGGAUACGACGCAAGAAACGGACGGUUUCAUCUGCUAGAAUCCGUCGUAAACGACCCUGACUUCUUCAAUCCCAACGUUCGAGUAGACAACAGCGUCUCAGUUGAACUAGUGUCUGCCGAAUCGGACCGCUUUCCGAAGAUCAAACGCUUGAUUUCCAGUACGCACUGCGACGCAGACGGAAAAACGAAAUUGGAGUUGCCGUGGUUGAGCAAAAUGCUGAGGUUCAAGGGGACAUUAGUCUGCAUGGAUAUGAACGCAUGCUGGUUUCCGCUUGACGUAAUCAAGUUGAGGAUUCGACUGGUUAGUGAUUUCUUGAAGGGCACGACGAGUAUGGGACGCAGAAGGCGUGUAAAGUUGAUCGAUCCAUUGCUGAGGCGCGCAUUCCGCACGAUGGGCGGGAACGGAGCGGGGAUGGCGGCCAGGUAA